AUGGACGAGCGUGAAGGCCUGGGAAUCCACCAGGACGUUCCGCUGGAGAAUGCGACCUUUGAUCCGGAGCCCGGGGAGCGCCGGGCCGGCUGGGUGAGGGUGAAGGUGGAGGCGAGCUGCUUCGCCGUGGAGCGGGCUUUUCUCGCCAGGCACAGCGACUUCUUCUGCGCCCUUUUUCAGUCGGGCAUGAAGGAGAGCCGGCAGGCCGAGCUCCACCUGAGAGGAGGGGUCCGAGCGAAGGGUUUCCUCAUCGCGCUGGCGGUCUGCAGGGGGGAGGUUCCCGAAAUCGGCGAGCCGGACGAGCUGGUGGCAGCCGUGGAGUGCGCGGCGUUUCUGCAGGUCGCGUGUUUGGUCCGGCACCUGUGUGACAUUGUCGACUCGGACAACUGCCUCCUGCUUUAUCAAGCCGCCUGGAUAUUCGGGGUCCGCGCUCUGUUUCACAGCGCCGCUCUCUUUCUCUGCGAUGCUUUCGAGGACCUCAGAGAAGCAGCGGAGAGCUCAAUCCCAGACGAGCUGCUGAGAUACUCUCAAUCACUGUCUCCCACUGCUUUCAUUGCUUUAGGCACCCACUCUCCUUCCAUGGAGCUGCUACAGGACUCGUUCAGGGUCGUUUGCUACCUUGACGAAAACGCAGGCGAGUGGAAGCAUCUGACGAACCUCCCGACUCUUUGCAGCACCUUAAUGGCCGGCAUUGCAGUGCUCGAUAACCGGCUGUAUAUCGUGGGGGGCGUGUACGGUUAUGGCAAAGACACAGUGGACAGCAGCUUCUGCUACAACCCCGAAUCGGGGAUUUGGACAACUCUUCCAGGUCCCCAGCAACCGAGAUACGAUUUCACGUUGCUGGGGCACGAGGGCCGACUGUACGCCAUCGGAGGAGAGGUCAACAAAAGAACAAUUUCUGCAGCAGAGAGGUACGACGCUGCGAAAGGCGAGUGGACAGUCAUACAGCACGCCCCAAGACCCGUGGCGUCGGCAGCCUGUGCUGUUGCGCGCCGGCGGAUAUUCGUCUGCUUCUGGAAACCGCCGGACACCACAGACAUCUUUGAAUACAUCCCAGCCAGGGAUGAGUGGAAGCUCGCCACCACAAUGAUCCGACCGCAGAGCUACGGCCACUGUAUGGCGGCCCACAGGGACAACCUGUACGUGAUGCGCAACGGACCCUGCGACGACUUCCUGCGGUGCCUGAUGGACUGCUACAACAUCACGACGGGCCAGUGGACAGCCAUGGAGGGGCACUACAUCAACAGCAAGGGGGCGCUGUUCACCGCCAUGAUAAGGGGGGACUCCGCGUUCACAGUCAAACACAUGCUGACCCUCGAAUACACCAUCGCUGGGGACAAAUGGACGCCACGCAGGCAGAUGAAGGGUUUUCCAAAAAGCGGCUCGCUGUGGACGUGUUUACUCAGGCUUCCCAAGACAGGGCCGGUGAUACCACAGCUGGAUGAAGAAGGGGGAGAAGGAGAAGAAGAAGGCGAAGAAGGAGAAAUGCAUCCGCCAGACACAUCUGGGGGAUUUGCAGAAGCUGCACCACACCUGUGA